GCAGCCGAGCGGAGCCCUGGAGAGGAGGCAGAGCGAGCGAGCCGAGCCAGCCGAGCGAACGCGAGCGAGAGACGGGGAAGCCGGCGAGGGGACGCGAUCGCUGGGUGUCCGGAGCGCCGGCCCGCCCGGGAGCUCCGCCGCCAUGUACCGCUCCACCAAGGGCGCCUCCAAGGCGCGCCGCGACCAGAUCAACGCGGAGAUCCGCAACCUCAAGGACCUGCUGCCGCUGGCCGAAGCCGACAAGGUCCGGCUGUCCUAUCUGCACAUCAUGAGCCUCGCCUGCAUCUACACUCGCAAAGGCGUCUUCUUCGCUGGAGGUGCUCCUCUGGCCGGCCCCACUGGGCUGCUCUCGGCUCAAGAGCUUGAAGACAUCGUGGCAGCACUCCCUGGGUUUCUGCUAGUGUUCACGGCCGAGGGGAAGCUGCUGUAUCUGUCCGAGAGUGUGAGCGACCACCUGGGCCAUUCCAUGGUGGAUCUUGUUGCCCAAGGCGACAGCAUCUACGACAUCAUUGACCCCGCUGACCACCUCACUGUGCGCCAGCAGCUCACCCUGCAUUCGGCUAUGGACACCGACCGUCUCUUCCGCUGUCGCUUCAACACCUCCAAGUCUCUCAGGCGCCAGAGUGCCGGCAACAAAUUGGUGCUGAUCCGUGGCCGAUUCCACGCACACCCACCUGGAGCCUACUGGGCAGGCAACCCUGUGUUCACAGCUUUCUGUGCCCCGCUGGAGCCGAGACCCCGCCCUGGCCCCGGACCUGGCCCUGGUUCCGGCCCUGCCUCACUCUUCCUGGCCAUGUUCCAGAGCCGCCACGCUAAGGAUCUGGCCCUCCUGGACAUCUCUGAGAGCGUUCUAAUCUACCUGGGCUUUGAGCGCACUGAACUACUCUGUAAAUCGUGGUACGAGCUGCUGCACCCUGAGGACCUGGGCCAUGCCUCUGCUCAGCACUACCGUCUGUUGGCUGAGAGUGGAGAUAUCCAGGCUGAGAUGGUUGUGAGGCUGCAGGCCAAAUCUGGGGGCUGGGCGUGGAUUUAUUGCCUGUUAUACUCGGAAGGCCUGGAUGGGCCCAUUACUGCCAACAACUACCCCAUCAGUGACACUGAAGCCUGGAGCCUCCGCCAGCAGCUCAAUUCAGAAAGCAGCCAAGCUGGCUAUGUCCUGGGCACCCCCGCCCUGCUGCCCACCUUCGCAGAGCCCAUGGUGGCCCGGGAGCAGCGCUCCAACCCGGAGACCCUCUUCCCUGGUGCCCUGGCAGGGCCCAGAAGCACCAGUUUCCCCAGCACACCUGAAAUGGGGGCUGCCCCUGCACCGCCACCGCCAGAAGAGCUCCAGAGACCCUCCAAGGAGCCGGGCUUUGGGUACCUGAUGCUGCCUCCCGGCAUGGAGCCAUCGCUCCAAGCAGAACUCAGCAAAGACCUGGUGUGCACCCCGCCCUACACGCCCCAUCAGCUGGGGGGCUGCGCCUUCCUCUUCAGCCUCCACGAGCCCUUCCAGACCCCGCUGCCCAGCGCCUCCAGCACCCUCCAUGACCAGCUCACGCCCAGCACUGCCACCUUCUCUGAGCAGCUCACGCCCAGCAGCGCCACCUUCCCAGACCCCCUCACCAGCCCACUCCCGGUCCAGCUGACUGAAGCUGCAGCCAGAAGCUAUGAAGACCCCUUGGCUGCUGGGACCUCCUCUUUCCCGGAACAGCUGCUUCCCAGCACGGCUACCUUCUCCGAGCCCCUCAGCAGCCCCAUCCAGGAGCAACUGACGCCGCCCACCACCGCCUUCCCAGCCCCUAUGAGCAGCCCCAGCCAAACGUUUCCAGAACCACUGAGCCCCAACCCCAAGACUUACUUCACCCAGGAAGGAUGCAGUUUUCUCUAUGAGAAGUUGCCGCCUAGUCCCAACAGCCCUGGUAAUGGGGACUGCACGCUCCUGGCCCUCGCCCAGCUCCGGGGCCCCCUCUCUGUGGAUGUGCCCCUGAUGCCCGAAGGCCUGCUCACCCCCGAGGCCUCACCGGUCAAGCAGAGCUUCUUCCACUACUCGGAGAAGGCACAAAGUGAGAUCGAGCGGCUGAUCCAGCAGAUCGGGCAGCUGGCUCAGGGCAUGGACAGGCCCUUCUCUGCUGAGGCCGGUACUGGGAGCCUUGAGUCGUUGGGUGGACUGGAACCCCUGAACCCCAACUUGUCCUUGUCGGGGGCUGGCCCCCCUGUGCUCAGCCUGGACCUGAAGCCCUGGAAAUGCCAGGAGCUGGAUUUCCUGGCGGGGCCUGACAACAUUUUCCUGGAAGAGACACCCGUGGAAGACAUCUUCAUGGAUCUCUCUAGCCCAGACCCCAGUGGGGAAUGGGGCUCCGGGGACCCCGAGGCUGCAGGCCCAGAAGGGACCCCUUCGCCUUGCAACAACCUAUCUCCGGAAGACCACGGCUUCCUGGAAGACCUGGCCGCCUACGAAACCGCCUUUGAGACAAGUGUCUCAGCUUUCCCCUACGAUGGGUUUACUGAUGAGUUGCAUCAACUCCAGAGCCAAGUUCAAGACAGCUUCCAUGAAGAUGGAAGUGGAGGGGAACCAACGUUUUGAAUAAGUCUGUGACUUAACGUCGUCCAGUAUGGCAUAUUGUCAUCAAGACGUGGAGCCGCUCUCCACCCCCCCAGAACUGUUGGGGGGAUUCUGGAGGCCGGAUGGGGGAUAGAUCUGAUUCCCCAGGCCUUGCAGGAUUUUGGGGGGGAGGUGGGCGGGCAAGGGAGGGGAGCUUCUUUUUGACAUAGAUGACUCCCGGGCACCCCUGUUUCCAUUGCAAUCUGUAUUCACUCGUAGUGAGUUUCCUUGAAUGAGAUUUCAAGCGGAGAAAGGGGGAGUCGCACUCCCCCCCCACGCUGCCCCAUGGGCCUGGGUCGCUUCUCCACUUCUGGGGACCGAGUCCCCCCACACACGCCAGGCCUUGGCGGGGGACAGGCCCCUGCCCACCGGGCCCACCCAUGCCCUGAGGGGCUCUUGACACCCACGUAGAAUUCUCUACACUCCAGUAACGGGAUUUCAAUUCCCGUGGACUCUGCCGCCGUGGCGGCCCUUCUCGUGACUUUUGCGCCCCGCACCUGGGGUGGGGGUGCGAAGUGAGUCCCAUUCCUUUCCGAUGGAGGAAGGCAGUUCUGCCGCCGUCACGCGUGUGCUCGCUCGUGCGUGCUCCUGGUGCGGGCUCGCCUGCCGCCAGACUGCCUGCGCCCGCCCAGGCGGCCACCUCGUGGUGCUGCGGUGACUUUGUAGCCAACUUUAUAAUAAAGUCCAGUUUGCCUUUUUGGUA